AUGCCGCCCGUGCUUUCAGAGAAGUCGGACCUUCUUCGCCGCAUGUACGUGUUUGCUUGCGGUCGGCAAUUGACAUUCCGACAUGCACUGCCCCCUCCCACGUGCUUCCUACAAACGAAUUGCGAAGAUUUUAAGCACUUUCACGCUAAUUCUUUGCGAGCAAAACCUCCCGGAAAAUCUUUUGCUAAAUGCGACAAAGAUUCUCAAAAGAGGCUCACUGAAGAUCGAGAUCAACGUUUGCAGGAGAAGCUGAGGAGGUCCACGGAGCUGAACCGGCGCAACGCGGAGAAGCUGAAACAGACGGACGCGCGCAUUCUGAAGCUGACGGAGGAGCUGACGCGGCUGCGAGAGCUCAGCCGGAAGCGCCACCUGCCCGAGAGGGAGCUGCUCAACAAGAAGCUGAGCGCCGCCACCCACACGCUCGAGGAGAAGGAGAAGGAGAAUGAGGAGCUACGGCGGCGCCUGGGGGUGCUGGAGAAGGCCCUGAAGCAGCAGGUGCAGGCGGAGGUGGGGCGCCACCGGGCGACGGCCAAGAAACUCUACAGCCUUCAGCUCGAACACCACAAGCUGGAGGAGCAGCUCAAGGAGAAGGAGCGCGACCUGGCCGCCCUGCAGCACUACAGCCGCAACAGCAGAUGCGGCCGGAGCAGCACCGCCUGCGACGACAGCACCACCUCCACGACGGCCGACUCGUCCCGCUCGCCGUCGCUGUCGGCGCGUCGGAAGUCGGGCUCCCGCCAGCGCAGCAGCGGCGCCUCGUCCGUCGCCACGUCCACGUCGGGCAUCGCGUCGGCGGGCGACGUGGGGAUCUCGGCCAGCGACUCGCGGGGAUCGCUGGCCCUCGACGCGAGCAGCAGUCGGCUUCCUCCCAUCAGCGCGGAGUCCCGACGGAGGAAGGAGUCGUCGGGAGCGUCUCCGAGCGCGCCUCUCACCUCCCCGGAGCCGCCGCCUGACGUCCCCACCAGGAGAACGCGACACAGGGCCCUCCCUAAGGAGAGCGCGGAGGAGCGGCGCGCGGGGCGCAUCCGGCGAGGCGGCGUUCCCCCCGACCUUCGACCGACGACGACGACCUGCAGACGCCCCGUUGCACGCCCACGCCCAGCCCGCACACCACACCCGAGCCCCCGAGCCAGGGCGAAGGCAGUGCCACGGAGCUGCAGCAGGGGGAGGGGGGCGGGGAGGGGCGGCCGUGGCACAGCGACCACAAACGCCGCCAACGGCUGGCUGCUUCCCUUCGCGACGCGCGCCGCCAGGAGAGCGCCGACGCCGCCGCCGACGCUGCCGAGGAGCGCGAGCGACAGGGGUCGUCCGCAGGGUCGUCGGCAGGGAGCAGCGGCAGGGAGGGGGGCUCGGCGGGGGCGAGGGGGGAGUUCUCCCUGAUCGAGCACUACCCGCCGAGGGAGCGCCUCACCCUGAGCGGCUCCGACAGCGGCGGCAGCGGCAGCACGCCUCCUCCGACAGCUCCCCCGAGGGCUCCUCCGAGGGCGCCGACCGUGCUGGCCGAGGCGAAGGCGCCGGCGCAGCGCACCCGCCUCGACUCCCCUCUGGCGGGCAGCGCCGUCGGCCGUCGCCACCACACCAUCACGGCCCACGACCUGCGCACCGUGUCCAGCCUCUCCAGGCUGGACUCGGCCAACCCGGCGGUGCCAAAGCGGGGCGCCAUCACGCCCUAAGUGCGCGGCGCACGAGGCUGCGGCGCCGCAGGCCCAGUAGCCUCCUCCUCACGUCCUUCUUUCGAAGCCGGUGUACAUAUCCUGUGGAAUGUCCUGUCACUGCGAUGGCCAGGCCCUUGGCCACGGAGGCCAAACUUGUUUGUGAAAUAAAACGAACUGCUUUUUGGCAGUGCAAGUAACUUAGAGGGCAAGGUAUAGCAAUACUUGUUCUAGUCUGAUUUUUGCACAAAUGUUCCCGGCAUAUUUAUGAGGAUCUUCGAAUAUAAAGUUAAAACAUACAUAACACUAUUUUUUUCGAUUUCUUUUUGAGACGAGUCACUGUUCCUCCUUCUUCGCAUUAAAAGGAGGAGUCAGAGAAAAUGAAAUCACGAGCGGCUGAACGAAAAGACGUGACUUCCGCACUCCGUCCAUCAUUCGGGAAGACGGGAACACCUUGUAAAUCACACUUUAAAAAUUAAAAAGAUAUCCUAUUAGAAUAAACAGGAAGUUGUCCGAAGUAACAGUCUUUCCCGUUCUAGAAAGUUUAGAAUUGGGUUUCUCUAAUUCUAGCUUAUAACCCUGGAGGUCCCCACCCGCCUUGCUUCUGCUCUGAAUUGGAAAAAUCUAAUUUAGUAGAAGCUUACUGACCCGUCGGCGUUUUCGGCCGAAACCAAGUGUUGAGACAAUUGCAAUAAAUCCUUUACAAGUUGUG